UUUUCCUUCGGCACGCCACCGAAGACCCUGGUGUUGCCAUGGGCCGCCGCCCCGCCCGGUGUUACCGGUAUUGUAAGAACAAGCCGUACCCUAAGUCUCGUUUCUGCCGAGGUGUCCCUGAUGCCAAGAUCCAUAUCUUUGAUCUGGGCCGGAAGAAGGCAAAAGUGGAUGAGUUUCCACUGUGUGGCCACAUGGUGUCGGAUGAAUAUGAGCAGCUCUCUUCUGAAGCCCUGGAGGCUGCCCGUAUUUGUGCCAAAAAAUACAUGGUAAAAAGCUGUGGCAAAGAUGGCUUUCAUAUCCGAGUGCGGCUCCACCCCUUCCAUGUCAUCCGAAUCAACAAGAUGUUGUCCUGUGCUGGUGCUGACAGGCUGCAGACAGGUAUGUGGGGUGCUUUUGGAAAGCCCCAAGGCACAGUAGCCAGAGUUCACAUUGGCCAAGUCAUCAUGUCCAUCCGCACCAAGCUGCAGAACAAGGAACAUGUGGUUGAGGCCCUACGCAGGGCCAAGUUCAAGUUCCCUGGCCGCCAGAAGAUCCACAUCUCAAAGAAGUGGGGCUUUACCAAGUUUAACGCGGAUGAAUUUGAAGACAUGGUGGCGGAGAAGCGGCUCAUCCCGGACGGCUGCGGGGUCAAGUACAUCCCCAAUCGUGGCCCCCUGGACAAGUGGCGGGCCCUCCACUCAUGAGCCUCACUCUCCUGUGCUCUGUAAUCAUUGAUAAUAAAGCCUGGUUCCUAUCACAAAAAAAAAAAAAAAAAAAAGAAA